AGCACCCGUCGAUGAACUUUGGCCAUGGUUUCGCUAGGCAGACAUCCCUCAAAAAAUUAAAAAAAAAGAUGCCAAGACUAAUCAUCAUUUGUAUACAAGCGGGCAGGCUAACAAGACUAAUUGGCACUCUUGCUAGCCUCUGCCAGAACUGCCCAAGCUAGCUAGGUAGACGAGCGAGAAAGUUGGUGAGCAAGGGCCGCCGGCCGGGUAGCCAUGGCGGAGCUCACAUCCGGCGCCGUGACAACGCUGCUGGGCCUCAUCCGCGACGAGACGCUGAUGCUGAGCGGUGUCCGGGGCGACGUGCAGUUCAUCAGGCAGGAGAUGGAGAGCAUGAAGAGCUUCCUGGCUCACCUCGGGAGGACGGCGCCUCCCGGCGGCGAGCACGACGAGCAGGUCCGCGCCUGGACGAACCAGGUCCAGCUCCUCGCGCAGGACUGCAACAACUGCAUCACCACCUACCGGUACUACGGCGACCCCGACAUCCACCGCGCCCGGGACGGCCUCCGGCGCUACAUGUGGUGGCUUCCCUGGUUCGUGAGGAAGGUAGCCGCGCAGGCGCAGCACGACGCGGCAAUCCGGCUGCGUGAGCUCAAGGACCAGGCGCGCGACAUUGGCGAGCGGCGCCAGAGGUACGGGGUGGAGGUCCCGGCCAGGGCGGCUGGAUCUGGGUCGCCGUUCCCUGUCCCGUUCGACGACGUCGACGACGAAGCAGAGCAAGCGGUGUCACCGGAGGAGGAGGAGGCCGUUCAUGGCUGCCUUAGAGCCGUUUUGGAGGCUCGCUCUCUGGAUGACUACUUCAGGGGGAAGCUUGGCGACUGGAUGCAGGAUGCUAAAAAAGACAAGAAGAAAACCAUGUCUGUCGCCAUUAUGGCGCCUCAUGUUGAUCCUGACAAAGUUGAAAAGGAAGUUCUUGACGCCGCGAGAGCCCAUUUCAAGCGCAUCUUGGUGGUCGACAUAAACAAAUUCACGGCAGCUCAAGUGGGUCUAUUCGAUUUCUUCAGCUUCCCGCUGCAACCCUUCGACAUCCUCUACGACGUACUAGACAAGCUCCAGCGGCAGGAAGGCACAUCAGCAGGAGGUCAAUCCAAUUAUCCAAAUCCCAACCCCAGGAGAGUUCUCAAGGCACGUCGAGAAGAACAAGGCAUGCAACAAUGGUAAAACAAACAGUGAAAAGUAUUAUCAUGUCAAAAAAGACAAACAGUUCCAGAUCCCAACCCCAGGAGAGUUCUCAAGGCACGUCGAGAAGAACAAGGCAUGUAAUGGUGAAAAUUACCCUUCUCCCCCCAAAAAAACAAACGCUGAAGAAUAUUGUCGUGUCGGGAAAACAAAAGGUGAGAAGUGAAAUCAUGGCAACUGUGAGUCACAUGAAGGUUCGCGAACAGUUUGAGGAAAUCGAGUCCGCUAUUGAACAAACCAAGUGGGAGGAACUGGAGCAGGUGCUGGAUAUGAAGCAGUAUGGCGGCGACGCGCUGGAAAUCCAAAGCUUUGGUCUACUCCGGCACCUUCUGUGUCAACUCAACAAGCACAACUCAGGUGCCGCUGCGAGUAAACGAGACCAAUCAAAGGGCGGCAGCGACAUCUUCGACCAGACAGUGACGAUGCUUAAGCAGCAUACGGAGAGGGGUGACACAGAGCAGCCGCCAUCAAUUACACUCGAGAAGACCAAAUAUGCUGACAUUCUU